CUCUAGGUGGAGAGCAGGAAGCGAUGCUUUGGUGCUGUUAGUCGGUGAACGCUUCUAAUGGAGGCACGGUAUGAUGGACACCUAAUGACAUGAGGAUGUUCUGGCUUCCUGAUCUAUAGAGAAUGACACAUUGUAAUACUAUUUGGGAUACAGCUCUUCCUCUUGGCUCUGAAAGCCCCUAAAAGCAGUUUAAAUGAGAAUGUCCUUGGCGCAGAGAGUGCUCCUCACCUGGCUUUUUAGUUUGCUUUUCCUCAUCCUGGUGGUGCUGAAGCUGGAUGAAAAGGCUCCAUGGAAUUGGUUUAUUAUUUUCAUCCCCAUCUGGAUAUUUGACACUAUUCUGCUCAUUAUGCUGAUUGUAAAAAUGGCAGGACGAUGUAAAUCUGGAUAUGAUCCCAGGAACGGGGCUCAAAAUAUGAAGAAAAAAUCCUGGUAUCUUACAGCCAUGUUACUGAAAUUGGCAUUUUGCCUUGCCCUUUGUGCCAAGCUGGAACAAUUCACCAGUAUGAAAAUAUGUUUUGUCUUUAUUCCAUUAUGGAUCCUGCUGAUCGGAGGACUGAUUGAACUGGGAAUAAAUGUGUUUUAUGUCAGACGAGAUCAGUAACACCCAGGAAGGGCAGUACUGGGGACUGCAGGGAUGAGGAAAUAUGGCAUGCAUGUAUACCUUGGCGAUUGUCUUUGACAUCAUAAGAGUUAUUUUCCACCAAACUGACCUGUAGGUUCACCCCUCACUCCCAUGGGCUGCAAGCAGUUUAAUGCUGUCAAGCAACAUUGGUGUUCUGCUUUGAAUGGAUUGUUAGAAGGCUGCAUGGUUUUACUGUAUCAUAUGUAAAUAAAUGGAAACUUAUGGU